AAGAAGAAUAGCUUUUCCUCUUCCCGGGUUAACAAAAGGUAAACAAACGAGAUAAUGACAUUGAAAUGUAUAAAAUAUAAUAUAAUUUCAUUGGGUUCACAUCACUUUCUGUGCAGCACACGUUAGUUCGUCAGCCAAUGAAAACUUUGUACAACCCAGCUCUUAACGGUAAAUUCCCUCGAGCUCCGUGGCUGCAUGAGGAAAAGCGUAGAGAACACGAGGAUGGCUUUUCCAUGUGUGAGACUAUGCACUCGACACAUGAGCACAGUCCUUCAAGUCUGUGGUUAUGCAACACUGAGUAAAGCAUCCAGACCCCAGGGCGAAAGCAGCAGUGGUCCAGUUUUUCAGUAUGUCGGCCAGCACAAAAAGCCCAACCACAAAGUUUUUGUUUGGGGCUUCAGCUUCACUGGUGCUCUGGGUAUCCCCAGCUUUGUGGUGCCGGACAGCGGCAGGAAGAAGCCCCGCAAAUAUCAACUCACUCCUUACCGACUUGAGACUGCAGAGCAGAUCUCUUCUGCUGCUUGUGGCUACGGUUUCACUCUCAUCGCCUCGCCGACCAAAGAUGUGAUCAAGUUGUGGGGCAUGGGCCUGAACAAGGACUCUCAGCUGGGCUUCCAACGCACGCAACACAGCCGCCAUCAGAGCUAUGACUUUGUGUUGGAGCCCUCCCCGGUUGCUCUGCCUCUCGUUGAUUCUCUGCAGACCAAAGUGGUUCAGGUUGCAUGUGGCCGCGCUCACUCUCUGAUCCUCACAGACCAGGAGGGAGUUUUCAGUAUGGGCAACAAUGCAUAUGGCCAGUGUGGAAGACGGAUAGUUGAAGAUGAAGUUUACAGUGGCAGUCAUAUCAUUCACAAGAUGGAAGGCUUCAGCAGCAGGGUCACCCAGGUUGCAUGUGGACAGGACCAUAGCCUUUUCCUUACUGAGACAGGAAAUGUGUUUGCAUGUGGAUGGGGUGCAGAUGGACAGACGGGUCUGGGACACCACAGAGUCAGCUCCAGUCCAGUGGAGGUGGGAGGAGAUCUGGCCGGGGUGAAGGUGCAGCAGAUCGUUACGUACGGAGACUGCAGCCUGGCUGUGUCCACAGAUGGACAGCUGUACGGAUGGGGCAACUCUGAAUACCUGCAGCUGGCCUCAGUCACUGAGGCCACACAGAUCAACUCUCCUAGACAUCUUCCUCUGAAAGGCUGCGGAAAGGUGGUCCAGGCAGCGUGUGGAGGCACGCAGGUGGCCAUCCUUAACGAAAAAGGAGAGGUGUUUGUGUGGGGCUAUGGCAUUCUUGGAAAGGGCCCAAAACUAUCUGAAUCCUCGACCCCGGAGAUGAUUCCACCCACGCUGUUUGGACGCUCAGAGUUUAACCCCUCGGUAGCCGUCACUCGGCCUCACAGCGUGCUGAUGUUUGAUGGUUGCGUUGCAGAUCGAGGCGAGCUCUUCGUUUGGGGGAAGAAUGUGAGAGGUUGUUUGGGCAUCGGGAAGAGAGAUGACCAGUACUUCCCGUGGAGGGUGACUGUGCCUGGUCAAGUAGUGGAUGUAGCGUGUGGUGUUGACCACAUGGUGGCGCUGGUGAAGUCCCUGCUGUGAGCUUCUGUGUUCCUGCAGCAGUAGAUGAAAGGCUGGAUGUUUCGCUGACCCUCGAGCGCCUCGGGAAGCCAACUGGGGGCUGCGCAGGAGUCUUGAAGCCAGUUGCUCUCCACAGGCGACGCGCACCCUUGUGUCCCUCCGCCCGGUGGUGACGUCAAGCCAAGUCCAGAGCGCUUGGUUCUGCAAAAAACUGUCACUGGAGCACCCCACUUUACUCUGCAUGCGGGUCAUCCGGGAAAUCCAUCAAAGGAUAGAUUUUGUUUUCUUACAACUAGAGCUGAAACGAUUAAUUGAUUACGCCAAGCAAAACAGUGAAAAAAUGUGAGUAAAUCUCUGGGUGAUGCUUCUCCAAUGUGAGUUUUUGCAGCUUUUCUGUGUUUUAUGUAACGCUAAUUAAAAACUGAACUGUUUUCGGUUUGAUGAAACAAAACAAGACGCAGUUGCAGCUCUAAUUACAACUUUGUUUUGGCCAUCAUUUCUAUAGUAAUGAAUUACUUUAGCGUGUACCAUGUAACAUAACUGAUUGAAAUAAUAGCCAGAACUAAAAAAAAAUAAGACCCAGGUGUUUAUAAACCAUAAGUUUCCUACAAGAAAUCCCAGUCAGCGUAUAGGUGGGUAAUACUGUAAAAUGUCAUCUUUCCUUUUGCCACUAAACAAGAAAAUGACUGAGAGAAAAUAAUGGGCAGCAUUCUCGAUUCCCAUUGGCUAUUAGUCUGAUGACGAUUCAGCCUCUGGGGGCAACACACACUAUUUUGGUUAUUCUGUUGUAACCAGCAGGUAUUUGGGCCAAGACUUCCUAUUCCGUGCAACGGGCAUUGUUUAUAGUCGGAGUCAAUACUUUUUGCAGGGGUUUUAGGUCCAGACGAUAUUUCGGCUAAAGGGAUACAUACGACUUCAGAAAAAUAAAUUAA